GCGCCAUCUUGCGCGGCGGCGGAUUGAAUGAGCGCGCCGAGCUCCGGCCGCCGCCCCCGGGAGCCGCGCAGGCCGCGAGCCGCCGCCAUGGCCACGCCGCUGUCCAGCCGCGCGGGCGGACCCGCCACGCCGCUGUCGCCCACGCGCCUGUCGCGGCUGCAGGAGAAGGAGGAGCUGCGGGAGCUCAACGAUCGCCUGGCGCACUACAUCGACCGCGUCCGCGCGCUGGAGCUGGAGAACGACCGGCUGCUGCUCAAGAUCUCGGAGAAGGAGGACGUGACCACGCGCGAGGUGAGUGGCGUCAAGGCGCUGUUCGAGGCGGAGCUGGCUGACGCCCGCAGGGUGCUGGAUGAGACAGCCCGGGAACGCGCCCGCCUGCAGAUCGAGGCUGGCAAGCUACAGGCCCAGCUGGAGGAGGCCAGCAAGAGCGCCAAGAAGCGUGAGACCGAGCUCGCCGGGGCUCAGAGCCGCGUGAAGGACCUGGAGGCGCUGCUGCAGCGCAGUGAGGCCGAGCUGGCCACCGCCCUCAGCGAAAAGCGAGGCCUGGAGGGUGACGUGGCUGAGCUCCUGGCCCAGCUGGCCAAAGCUGAGGAUGGCCACGCUGUGGCCAAGCAGCAGCUGGAGAAGGAGACGCUGACACGGGUGGACUUGGAGAACCGCUACCAGAGCCUGCAGGAGGAGCUGGACUUCCGCAAGAGCGUGUUCGAAGAGGAGGUGCGGGAGACGCGGCGGCGGCAUGAGCGGAGGCUGGUGGAGGCGGACAGCAGCCGGCAGCAGGAGUACGACUUCAAGAUGGCAAAGGCGCUGGAGGAGCUUCGCAGCCAACACGAUGAGCAAGUGCGGCUCUACCGGCUGGAGCUGGAGCAGAGCUACCAGGCCAAGCUGGACCACGCCAAGCUGAGCUCAGACCAGAACGACAAGGCGGCCAGCGCGGCGCGUGAGGAACUGAAGGAGGCGCGCGUGCGCGUGGAGUCCCUCAGCUUCCAGCUGGCCGGGCUGCAGAAGCAGGCCAACGCCGCGGAGGAGCGCAUCCGGGAGCUGGAGGCGAGCGCGGCCGGAGAGCGUGACAAGUUCCACAAGCUGCUGGACGCCAAGGAGCGGGAGAUGACGGAGUUGCGGGAGGUGAUGCAGCAGCAGCUGGCGGAGUACCAGGAGCUGCUGGACGUGAAGCUGGCCCUGGACAUGGAGAUCAACGCCUACCGCAAGCUGCUGGAGGGCGAGGAGGAGAGGUUGAAGCUCAGCCCCAGCCCGUCCUCGCGGGUCACCAUCUCGCGGGUCACAUCAAGCAGCAGUGGCAGCAGCAUGUCCACGGCGGCGCGCCCAGGGCGUGGCAAGCGGCGGAGGGUGGAGGUGGAGGAGCCAGCGGGCAGCGCGUCCAGCCGCAGCAGCAGCAGCUUCCGCCUGGCCCAGCAGGCCUCGGCCGCAGGCAGCAUUAACAUCGCGGAGGUGGACCUAGAAGGCCGGUUCGUGCAGCUUAAGAACACCUCGGACAAGGACCAGCCCCUGGGGAACUGGCGGAUCAAGCGGCAGGUGCUGGAGGGCGAUGAGAUCGCGUACAAAUUUACGCCCAAGUACGUGCUGCGCGCUGGCCAGACGGUCACGGUAUGGGCCGCGGGCGCGGGCGUGGCACACAGCCCCCCAGCCACGCUGGUGUGGAAGAGCCAGAGCAGCUGGGGCACGGGUGAGAGCGUGCGCACGGUGCUGGUGAACGCAGAUGGCGAGGAGGUGGCCAUGCGGACAGUGAAGCAGUCGGCCGCGGUGCGGGAGGAGGAGGACGGGGAGGAGGCGGAGGACGACGAGGAGGCCGAGCUGGGCGAAGAGGACCUGUUCCACCAGCAGGGCGACCCCCGCACCACGUCAAGAGGCUGCCGCGUCAUGUGAGCCCCGGGCCCGCCCGCCCACGCUCCCCACUACUGUUUUUCUAUCAUUGGCUUUGCUAGACUGUGA